GUGCAUCACGUGGGUUUUGGUUAGCUUAGUCAUUGCCGGUUCCUUGAGUUUAUCGACCAGACGAGUUCAAAAUAUAUGCUGGAUUAUGUGAGGAGAUCGGUAAAGAAAAACCUUUGCGCUUGAACCUAUUUAUGGAUAAUGAUGAAGCACAUAGGAACACAACGCCUAUCGUAAGCUCUUUUGACAGAACGUAUCAAUCCACUGAACUGGAUGCGAAUGACUCCUGCACCUAUCUAACACCAAACGCGACUAUUGGGUGCGAUGAUAGAUUCAGCCAAUUCGCUGAGUCUCCAAGCUCGGCAUCCGCCCAGAAAAGCACACCGUUGGAUGCAGUGAAUACAUUUGUUGGUAUAGAUAAGAAUGCAAAUAAAAGUUCUACAUUACAAUGCAUUGUCCCAGUGAAGGUGGAGGAAGGCCAAAUAUAUACCGAUAUAAACCAAAUGAUCUUAAGUGGACGUUACCGCCAACAAACAAACACUAAUAUUAGCGCCAGAGGAGGCGAAUUCUCGGAAGGUGAUUCGGAGUACGAUGGACGUAGGUACGCUUCUGCGCUAGACAAUUCAGACGGCUCCAACAGAGCUACAGAAUCCAAGAUAAGACGUGAUCACCCAAGACCAGCUUCAACUGAUCCGUUUGAGCGAUAUCUGUUUAAGCCUCCAAAGUCGCCUCGCUCUUGUCCACGAAGCAGAAAUAGUACGAAGUUGCAGUCAGACGUUACGAGCACCGAAGUCACCGUAGUACCGAAAAGCAUAGUUUACGUUUGCAGGCAACCCGGAAUCUAUUUCCAAGUAAGAUUUCGCACAAAAAACACCACACUGUCACCACUCUACAUCCAUCAACGCAGGAUUCCACAACAAGAAAAUGAAAAGAAGAUUCAACCGGAACACCAAUCUUAUCGAGAUCAAUCACGUGUGAAAGAAAUGAUGGCCCAUUUAUCGAGACAGCGGUAUGUACUCAGUACGCCAGACCUAGACUCUAAGUCCUCAAAAUCGGCUCUACCGCCACUACGAGUCUACACUGAUGAAGCACCAACCAGACGGAAACGAACCAGUAGUAAGCCCAGAAAGGCUUCUGCACGAGGCCGUUUGUAUUUCUUAUAUAAAAACAUUUUGAUCUGCAUCCGAACUCCUCCCCUUCCAAUUGUAAGUACAAGGCUUCGCAUUCGAGAUGAUGUUGCCGCUAAGAUGGCUGAAUUAAGAAUGCCUACAUCCGAAUCAAAAAUGAACAAGGGCACCGUAGUUGGUCGAUAUGGACUGGAUCUGAUUCAGUUCAACUUUGACAUGGAGGAUGUCAUGAUGAAUCGAGCGGAACUCAAAGAAACUGUGGCAGUACAGACGGAAGAUAAAAUGGUCUAUAUUAGGGAGAGGUCCAACAUAACUGGGCGUACGUUUUUACUUGCCCUGCCAGAAAGCACGUAUUUUUAUCAGGAUCCAAUGUUUGCAAUUCAUCGUCUGCAUGCAGUUUUUCAACGCAGAGACGUAAUGCCUCUAUGGAAGUACCAGAUGAUGCGAUCCCGAUUAGCAGACAGACGUGGAGUGGCACAAACUGAGGCCAAGCUAGAUGCCAUAGUCAACCAGACCAGAGGAUCUCGGUUUUGUUUUGAGGGAUUUGAUACGUUAAUCACGGUGCAAACUGGACUUCUCUGCUUUGAUAUCGAGUCGGGUCAUGAGUAUUAUGAACAAAUGAUGUAUAACAGCCAAGGAAUGCAGAAGCCAAUGCGAAGAACCCCGAAACUAGUACUUGUAAAGAGUAGUCCCGGGUGGUCCUCAAGACCUCAAACAACGGAGUCUACAUACAUGAGUGGCGCAUCCGAUAAAACUGAAUAGAAGACACAAAGAGUUGAAUGCAAUACGCAAAUUUGUGUGGUCUACGCGCUUUCGAAUUCAGACGAACACUUUCGGAUGCUUGGCAACUCAAAUCAAAGUUCUUUACUUUCUUAAUAGAAACGUAUUAUGGGUGCUUUUAGCGACGGACUAAGUUUAUCAUCUUUUGGUAUGAUGUUUAUCUCAUUGGUCUUAAAAACACUGUUGACAAUGUAUCGCCAUGUUAAGUACAAAAGCUGUCACCAGAAACAUGGACUGGUCAAUAUUGUUUACUCAUUUGUAAAUUCUCAUAAACUGUCUUUAAUUUUCUGGUCCACAUUUGAGUUACCUUCAUUUGGUAUGGCGUUAACCAGUGGCCAAAAGAGUCGCAACCAUAUUGCCACAUUCAAGUUCGCCGCAUGAACUAGUACGAGUUAACAAAAGCCCGAUUGUGGUCUUAUACAUAGGCUUGGUAAAUAUGAGAGUAAAGCAAAUUCGACUGAAUUUUUCCAAACAUUUUAAUCGGGCUCAACAGGGGUUCACGGAUGCCGUCAAUGGAUAUUUAACCAAAUUACUUUACCUUCAUCUAACUCCCUUUUUCGCUUCCACUUGUAUAGCUUGUGGUUGACGAUUUUGAUACUGCACCGACAAGCGCUAAUUGCUGCCUGAUGCUCACCGUAUGGUGGCAACACUUCAGCUAACACACAAAUUCCACCCUACAUAUGUAAUAUUUGUGCGUGACCAGGUGAAAUAUAGAAGCGGAUGAAUAUUGUAUGACUUCCUUUCUUCAGUACGUAUGUUAAGGUAACCGACAUCUUCCAUUCACAACAAGGUAAAUUUUCACAGAGUU